AUGGCUAGAACCAGAUCCAAGCCAGCUACCUCUCCAAAGACCCCCACCUCAGCCAAGGCCAAGAAGGUCGGCUCCGUGGCUACCGAGUCCCCAUUGGCAUCACCAUCCGUGAAAAAGAACAAGAAGAAACCAGCCAAGAAGACCAAGGAAGCUACUCCAGAAGCUGAAGCUGUGCCAGUGAAAGAAUCUACGGAAGUGAAGGAGCCAGUCAGCUCAUUCAUCUCAGAAAAGGUUGCCACCAAGGCCAUCGAUGAGAUCACCAAAUACUUACAACGUGAAAGCGAAAACACUGACAAAGAAAAAUUGUUUGAUGAUGAUGAUGACAACUUGAAGACCUUGUUCUUACAACUUAACACCAAGAAGUUUUCUGCAUCUAGACCACAAUUCAAGCCCAAAUUCAUCAAAUUAUCCCACUCCAUCUACCCAUCAGAAACCAAAGCAUGCUUGAUUAUACGUGAUCAACUUGUCAAGACUACCGAACAAUUAGAAGCUCUUGAAAGCGAGAACUUGCCAUACGUCAGUCAGAUCCUCCCAGUUAACGAGUUAAAGACCACUUACAAGAGUUUCGAGAAGCGUCGUCAGUUGCACGAUGAAUACGAUCUUUUCAUUGUUGACGAUGCCGUGUUCAACUUGAUGCCUUCCUUGCUUGGUAAGACCUUCUACGGUGUUGGACACAGAAAGAUUCCAUUGCCAAUCAGAGUAACCUCCACCAAGAGCCACAACGAACUUUCCAUAACCACCCUCAAGAACCAAUUGGAAAAAUGCUUGAACAGCACCAUCUACUUGCCACCAACCGGUGUUAACAUUUCCAUCAAGGUUGGUGCCAUAACCGACAAGUUUGAAACUUCGCAGUUGGUGCAAAACUUGCAGGAUGCUUUGAGUGCUUUUGAAAAGGAUUCCUUGAAGAGUGUCAUGGUUAGAACUGUCAAAUCUCCUUCUUUGCCAUUGUACUACGCUGAAAAAUUA